GCAUAUGCUUAUGGAAGGUAUGAUCUUUCAUAUGCCCACAUUAAUUUAUGUUACUAUUCGGAAAAGGUUGGAUUCUUUCAAAGAAAGAAUUUUUAGGCUUUAGUUUAGCCCUCUUAAUUUUUAAACAGCUUUAAGAGCCUAAAAAAGCAGCCUUUACUCUCCCUUUGAUUCGUUCACCGAAGCUUUGUCCUUUUAUCAGAUACACACACACAACACACACCCACAAAAUUCAGAUUUUAAGUAUUUUGCUUUCUACGAAAGGUUUCUUAGGAGCAGAAAUGUCAAUGGAUUUGAAAUUGGAACUGCAAACUGCUCAUUUUUGUGAACUUUCCUGCAGUUUUUUAUGUGAUUCAAAGUUGUGUUAAGCCCCUUUCCUUUCACAGAUUGUUGGGUACUAUUAGGGAAGCUUCUUUGUUGAAUUUUCAGGACACUAGAUAUCUAGUGUGGUUUGGGAUACUGUUGAACUGUGGCCGUGGUUGAAGAUUGUAUAGAUAGCAAGUUGUUUCGCGCCCCUUUCCUUUCGUAGAUUGUUGGAUAAUAAGCUUCUUUAUUUUCUUUUAGGAAUAUUAUAAAUCUAGUGUGGUGUGGGAUACCGUUGAACUGUGGCCGUGGUUGAAGAUUGUAUAGGAUAUUAGAUAUCUAUUGUGGUUUGGGAUACCAUUGAUCUGUGGCCGUGGUUGAAGAUUGUAUAGAUAACAAGUUGUGUUACUCCCCUUUCCUUCCGUAGAUUGUUGGAUAUUAGGGAAGCUUCUUUGUUGAAUUUUCUGGAUAUUGGAUAUCUAGUGUGGUUUGGGAAACCGUUGAACUGUGGUCGUGGUUAAAGAUUUUAUAGCUAGGUGGCUAGGCCAAUUUGGAACAUUGGAGUGAGAAAAGAUGGAUAAAAAUGGGGGUGAGGAUUGGAGGGAGAUGGUGAGGAAAAUGCUUCCUCCGGGGGCUCCCUUUCCCGAAGAGGAUAGCAUGGAUUAUUCGAUAGCAUUAGAGUAUAAGGGCCCUCCAAUUUCAUAUGAGCUUCCAAGAGUAGAACCCGUUGACACGACUGCAGAUGCAGUUCCAGUAGCUGAACCUGAUUCAGAAUCUACAAGUGAAACAGCCCAUGUGCUAGAACCAAUCCGUUUGCCUGUGUCCCGUAUUGCAACAGUCACCUGUCCUCCUAGUCAAAGUCCUAGGAUGUCGGGAAGUUCUGAGUCCGUGGUGUCAGUUUUGCAGAAUGCUGAUUCAUCUUCGCGUUCGCCUUCCCCUUCCCCUUCGGCUUCCCUCGGUUCAGUGUACAGUCAGAAAAGUAGUGUCCCUAGAGAGCCUGCUAACGAGGGGAGGAGGGCCACAGUCGUCACCUUUAACACUUUUGAUAGGUCGGAAGGGAGGGUGCCGGAUACGGAGAAACAAGUGUAUCCCGAAUUUGUUGGCGUGACCAAAGAGAAAAAAAAGAAGAGAAAACAAACUAGAUUCUGUUAUAGGUGUGGGAAAGGAAAGUGGGAAACAAAGGAAUCAUGUCUGGUUUGUAAUGCAAAGUAUUGUAGCAACUGUGUGCUCAGAUCAAUGGGGUCGAUGCCGGAGGGACGGAAGUGCGUUGCUUGCAUUGGCGAGCCCAUUGAUGAGCCGAACCGUGCCAAAUUAGGUAAACAUUCGAGGGUUUUGUCACAUUUACUGAGUCCUUUAGAAGUCAAGCAUAUAAUGAGGGCUGAAAGAGAGUGUUCGGCUAAUCAGCUUCGACCGGAGCAGCUGAUUGUGAAUGGAUAUCCUUUGAAACCUGAGGAGAUGGCGGAUCUCCUCGGAUGCCCUCUUCCUCCCAGGAAACUGAAGCCAGGCGUGUACUGGUACGAUAAGGAGUCGGGUCUUUGGGGAAAGGAUGGUGAAAAGCCGGAUAAAAUCAUCAGUUCGAACCUAAACUUCACGGGGAAACUUAGUCCUCAUGCGAGCAACGGGAACACUGAGGUAUACAUGAAUGGUCGAGAAAUCACAAAACUUGAGCUGAGAGUAUUAAAGCUUGCCAACGUGCAAUGCCCUCGUGAUACUCAUUUUUGGGUUUAUGACGAUGGUCGUUACGAGGAAGAAGGCCAAAAUAAUAUCAGAGGCAAUAUAUGGGAAAAGGCAUCAACUCGAUUCGUCUGUUCCUUGUUCUCUUUGCCUGUGCCCCAAGGUCAGCCUCACGGACACAGGGACGAGCCUAGCAGUUAUGCUACUGUAUCGAAUUAUCUCGAGCAGAAAAAGAUCCAGAAGCUUCUCCUACUCGGCCUUCCCGGCUCCGGAACCAGCACUAUAUUCAAGCAGGCGAAAUUUUUGUACGGGAGCAAGUUUACAACUGAAGAACUGCAGGAAAUCAAGCUUAUGAUCCAAAGCAAUAUGUACAAGUAUCUCAGCAUUCUGCUCGAUGGCCGAGAGCGCUUUGAGGAGGCCGUAUUAGGAAGCAACAGGUCGAGUUCAGAUGAACAGAUCUCUGAAUCGGAGGAAGGUGUCGACUCCAGCGAACAUAGUCAGUGUGUAUACUCGCUCAAUCCGAAGUUGAAGCAUUUCUCUGACUGGCUCCUCGAUAUCAUCGCCACUGGUGACUUGGAGGCGUUCUUUCCUGCUGCAACGCGGGAGUAUGCACCGCUCGUUGAAGAAAUUUGGAGAGAUCCCGCUGUACAAGAGACGUACAAGAGGAAGGACGAACUUCACUUUCUACCAGAUGUCACCGAGUACUUCCUAAGCAGGGCUGUCGAGAUUUCAAGCAACGAGUACGAACCUACGGACCGUGACAUACUUUAUGCCGAAGGGGUGACGCAAGGGAACGGUUUGGCCUUUAUGGAGUUCUCCCUCGACGACCGGAGCCCUAUGUCAGAAACCUACACGGAUAAUUUGGAUGGCCCGUUGCUGUCUCCAACCAAGUACCAACUGAUCAGAGUGAACGCCAAGGGGAUGAACGAGGGAUGCAAGUGGGUGGAGAUGUUCGAGGACGUCCGAGCAGUGGUCUUCUGCGUCGCCCUCAGCGACUACGACCAGGUGUGGUCCCCACCGGAGAGCAGCGGGGAGCCGCUCCUGAACAAGAUGAUCCAAAGCAGAGACCUCUUCGAGUCGAUGAUCAGGCACCCUUGCUUCAGCGACACCCCUUUUGUGCUGAUCCUGAACAAGUACGACCUCUUCGAGGAGAAAAUCAACCGCGUCUGUCUAGGCACGUGCGACUGGUUCACCGACUUCUGCCCCGUCCGGACCCAGCACAGCAACCAGUCCCUAGCGCAGCAAGCCUACUUCUACGUGGCUGUCAAGUUCAAGGAGCUGUACGCUUCACUGACGGGGCGGAAGCUCUUCGUGUGGCAGGCGAGGGCGAGGGACCGGGCCACGGUCGACGAGGCAAUCAAGUACACGAGGGAGGUGGUUAGAUGGGAUGAUGACAAGGAAGAGAACUACUAUGGUGGUGGAGAAGACUCGUUUUACAGCACAACAGAUGUGGACUCCUCGCCCUUUUACCCACAAGACUAAAAUAUGAUUAUACAAUGUGAUUUUUUGGUGAUAUAGAAUGCUUUGAAAUGCAAUUUUGGAUUGUAAAUAGGUGUAUAUUUGUGGGAUUGUGUUGCAGGUUUCAGAUUAUAAGUGUAACAUUAUCCUAUACAAGUCUUUUGCUGGUAAGAUUUUUUUUUUUUGGAUUAA